AUGAACUUGCUAUUGACCAAUGAUAUUAUUAUCUGGCUUCCGAUCCAUGAAAUCAAUAAUCCGGCAUAUACCAAUUUCAGUUAUCUCAUUUUCAAUAUUAUCUACUUUUUCCUCUUAUCAAUAUCUGCCUAUUUCACAUGUAUCCUUGUGAUGACGUCAUGGAAGAUCAGGAAAUUUCACAAAAAUAUGACAAUCUGCUUCAGUUUUUAUUUUGGAACUUGGUUUGAAUGUUGGCUGGGGUUGGUGCUAGUAUGGCCAUACAAAUGCGGACUUAUUUUUAUAGAAAACACUCAUCAAAAGUUCAGUAACUUUGAAACCGCCGACCGAUCCGUUAUGGCUAGAAUCACAAAUUAUCCAGAAGUCGUUUGUCUGUUAAUCGGCUCUUUGAUGAUUUGGCAUUAUUUGGCGUCUACAGUAGCCGGAAUGUGGUGUUUUGUUGUGGAACGGACUAUUGCUUCGUUCUUUUUUAGUGAUUACGAAAGAAAACCAAGAAGCUACAUUGGUUAUGCUCUGCUCAUCACUUCUCAGUUCUGUGUUAUUCAAGGAUCAAUUUUAAUAUUUUUCUACUUUUUCUCCUUAAAAGCAGCUCUAAUUAUUGUCACGGCAAUGCUGACGUGCGUAGUUUCGACAUUCUUCUUCCUUCUCCACUAUAACACAUCACUUCGAAACUUGGAUAUAAACCAAACCAAUCUUUCCUAUAAUCUGGCCGCCAGAUUUCAAGCUGCUGAAAAUGCGCGGUCUCUGAAACUAGCGGUUUUUGUGUUCGCAGUUAUUUGCUGCAUUUUUACAAUUGCAAUUUCCAUGUUGAUGAUGGCCUCACUUCAUUGGACUCCAGAAAAUUAUGAUGUGGCUAUUAUGACUGCAUUUGAAUGUCUGGUCUCUUUAAAUCCCCUAUUCAUCGUCCCAGCUGCAAUGUUCUCGGUACCAGAAUGGAAGGCUGCCUUCAUUAAACUCAUGCCGUUUGGCGGACGUCGUUACCAUAGACGACGGAGACCUGACAGUGAUAUUAUGGACCACCAAAUUCGCGUUAGUAUGGAGACGAAAAUGUAUUUUGUUCAACUAGAAGAUUCUUGGAAA